AUGGAUAGCACCCCUGUUCUCUACGCCGUCUCAACAUCUACAGACCAGCUCUAUACCCUCCUUAAAUGCAUUGGCUUUUCUCGCCAGGCAUCCGUUCAAAUCACUCCUCAGGGAAUUCGGUUCUCGGUCGAGGAAGGAAGAGUAGUUCAAGGACUUGCUUUUCUAGACAAAGCACUCUUCACGAGCUACAUUUUCAACGUUCGGAAUGUGCACGACGGCGUUACCCAACCCGAAGAAGACGGCGACUUCUUUGAUACAUCACUAUAUCCCAGGUUCACCAUCUCUCUGUCUGCUCUCCUCGAAACAUUGCAGAUAUUUGGAAUUAGCGACUCAUCACAGAGACCAAAUCAAAUGACCAAUAUUGAAAAUACUCAGAGUAUGAAUGCCUUUUCAAGCCCUGCUCUAGGAAUGAACCGCUCUUGUACCAUCGGCUACCGCCGAAAGGGAUCUCCACUUUGCAUAACCCUAGCUGAAGCUGGCGUCAUUACUACAUGCGAGUUAACUACCUAUGAGGUCGAGGACUCCUCCCAGGACUCUACACCGGGAGAAUUUGAUAUCCCACUCCAGCGCGAUGCUAUAGUCUUCAAAAUAAUUAUGCGCUCUACGUGGCUCCAUAACGCAAUCAUAGAGCUGGACUCAACAUCACCUACCGUCCUAUCACUCUCUGCAUCCCCGAAUCAGACGCCAUUUUUCGCAUUAUCUGCAUCCGGCGGCCCGUUCAGUGAAUCAACUGUUGAAUUUGCAAUCGAUAAGGAAUCAGAUGGCGUUGACCCGGCAUACAAAUCAUUCAAUGAGGAUGGAAGCUCCAGGCAGCCCAAGAGAAACAAGCUUGCACCGACCGUAACUGAAACCUUCCUGGUCGAACCACCUUCGUCAAAAUCCCGAAUAACGCAACGGUAUAGGUUUUCGCUUCUGAAAAAGGCGCUUGGGGCGAUGGGUGCAUCCAGCAAAGUAAGCAUACGUGGAGAUAAGCAGGGUGUCUUAAGCCUUCAAUUCAUGAUCGAGCUCAACGAUAGUGCUAGCACUGAUGCAUCUGGCCCUUCCACACAAAAUGCUUCUCGAACAGCCAUGGGUAAUGUUAGUUUUAUUGAUUUCCGUUUCGUGCCACUAAUUGAUGAGGAUGAAGUUGAAGACCCAGGGGAUGCUUUAUAG